CUACGAGCACCGAAUGAAAUGGAGUUUUCUACGUUUUCAGAGGCCAAGACGGACAUCAAAAGAAAACAAGAGGAGCUGUACGAUUAUUACGAGAGUUCGCAAGAUUGUUUAAACUCUACGGAUGAAAAGGUUCGUGCCCUUUUGGAACAGGACAUUGCAGAUCUCAGGGACAAAAUCGUUUCCCACAAACGGAAUCUUAAGAAGAAAGAACACAUCGUGCUCGUUACAGGUGAGAGAUGUUUGGAAAAAAGCAACCUACUGAAUCUGAUCAUCGACGAACAGCUUUUUCCUUGUUUCGUUGUUAGCACCUCGUCCACCGUCUUUGAACUAAAAUAUGGAACUGAACCCAAGCUUGUUGCGCACGAACAUUCUGACACAAAAGUUUCCACAGAAAUUCUCUUCCAGAGUGAGUCACUUGGAACUUUGCAGCGAGGUUGUCUGCAACAGCUCCUAUCCACUAUUUUCAAAGGUAUUGGUGGGGAGAAUUCGACUGAGGAUCCACGCUACGAAAAGAUCGAACUAUUUUUGCCUCACAAACUUCUGAAGGAAGGGAUUGUUAUAGUUGACAUCCCAGGGACUUAUGAAUCCCCCAUCAUAAAUGAAAAAGCAAAGGCGUACCUUUUGGAGGCCUCCGCAUUCAUCUGCUCCAUCAAUGGUGUAGAUGGCGAGGGAAUACAUCGAGACGAGGUAGAAAAAUACAUCGUACACGCCAAACAGGUCAGUGCAUUUCUGUACCAACAACUGAAAUCUUCGUCAAAUUGCCCUCUUUUGGUUUUCACCAAGCGGGAUCAAGUACUGCAACAAGAGGCUUAUAGGAUUAAGAGUUGCAUUAUAAACCAUCUCACAGAGCGUUGGCCCAGUGAGGACCCAGAGUCACAAAUCAUUUUCCUUUCACCAAGCAAUGAGAGCAACGCAUGGGAAGCUCCUCCUACAUGCGAUUUACUGAUGAAUCGUAUUUCAUCCAUGGUUUUAAAAAGCAUUGAAACAAACUUAGAGAAGCAAUGGAGGUGGCUUUACCACCUUCUUUCACGUAUGGCCUAUCGCACCAAAGUAAUUCGACGCGAUAUUUCAGAGGUGAUGAGGUUUGUGGCUGAUCAGCAGGGCGCGGUAGACAAAGAGCUGACCACGACAAUCAAAGCCUCGGCUGCCCGGGAAUUGUUCAAAUUCCUCAACUCCCCAGAACUUCAACAAUAUUUUACUUCGUGGUCAUUAGACAAUGUUCCAGACGUCGGGGGUGAUUGGAGCGUAACAGAGGAGAAUAUUAAAAAAGCAUUAGUGAAACGACUUCAGGAGAAGAUCGAAGAGUGGGAGAAACAAACCAAUGUUUUCUCAGAAUCUCGCACUUUACUGACACAGGACUUGUUCCGGUUUUUCGAACGUGUUGAGCGACAGAAUCAGAAUGUUCAGAGCCCCCCCAAAGCGGACAGUGUAGCCAGCUCAUCGGCAUCAUCAAGCGGUCCACAGACUUCAAGAAAUUUAAGCUUGACAGAAACAGUCAUUAUCGGAGUCACAAGUCCCAUCUGGGUUCCUGUCGGUUUCGUUGCUUUUUUGUUCAGUGCUCCGGUAAUUGGAACCAUAGCCGCCAAAGAAAGGUUUGGAAAUCGGAGUAAAACAAAAGAGUACAAGAAAGACAAGUGCAAGUUCAUGGCGGAGGCCUCUCAAGAAUAUCUCACAAAGAUGGCUGACGAACGACAAGUUAUGUCCCUCGUCGAGGAAGAGUUAAAAACUGAAAAACUCUUGAUACAGCAGAAACGUUUACAGCAAGAUCUUAGAGACUUAUACAUAAAAAUUUCAGAUUUAAGAGGAAAGAUGGCCGACUUUGGCAUCAAAGAAGUAGGUACCAUGGACAUCAGUUGCGAGGACUUAGAAUGGAAAGACGACCGAGGAUCACCUCUCGGAAGUGGCUCUUUUGCUUCCGUUCAUCGAGGAACCUUAAAGCUUCCUGAGGAAGAGAAGCCCGUGGACGUAGCACUGAAAGUAUGGAAAAAGGCACUGACUAGUGGCAGUGCAAUAAACUUCCUUUCUGAAACAGACAACCUAAGGAAGCUGAAUCAUCCCUUCAUUGUGAAGAUGUACGGCGCAACACUCCUGAAGGAGAAGGGCGAAUCGAGACCAAUCCUUGUCAUGGAACUCUGCAAGGAGAACUUGAUGAAGCACAUUUUCCGAAAUCAGGACAAUGUACCUGGUCUCUCUACAACAACUUCUGCUGCAAAAAACGUGAUCGGAUGGGCAAAAGACAUUGCCAAUGCUUUGGAAUUCAUACAUAAUAAGGGCAUUAUUCACAGAGAUCUCAAACUGGAA